CUUGGUUUUGAGGGUUCAAAAAGGGGGAGGGCUUCUUGUUCAUUUCGAUCCUCAUUGAUUUUGUAAUUCAGAGAGAAGCGAGGGGGUAGAGAGAGGUUUGAGAGAUACCCACUUCAAUUCAAUCAAUAAGAAUGGCUUCGACAAGACCCGUUGUUCAACAGAAUCAUCGAGCAGAAGAGGCAGCACCUGUUGCUGGAGGAGGAGGUAAGCAGAAGAAGAUGGCUGCUGAGGGGAGAAAUCGUCGGGCCCUUGGUGAUAUCGGUAAUCUUGUUACUGCUCGAGGAGGUAUCGACGCUGUCAAGCCACUUCCUCAAGUUUCUCGCCCUAUCACAAGAAGUUUCUGUGCUCAAUUGCUGGCCAAUGCACAAGCUGCAGCUGCUGAAAACAAUAAGAAACAAAUGGCUAUUCCAGGGGAUGGGGUUUUGGCAGGAAUAGGGGGUAAACAAGCUGCAUUACCAUUGCCUCCUAAGGCAGCCCAAAAGAAGAAAGUUGUAGUUGAGUCCAAGCCUGAAGAUGUUAUUGAGAUUAGUUCAUCCGAAACAGAACAGGUGAAAAAAGAGAGGCCUAACAGGAAAAAGGCCAUCGAGGCUUCUUCAUCAAUGAAGAAUGGCCAAACUCUUACAUCAACUCUUACUGCUCGAAGCAAGGCUGCUUGUGGCAUAAACAAAAAACCGAAGGAGCAGAUUGUUGAUAUUGAUGCUGCAGAUGCCACUAACGAAUUGGCAGCAGUUGAGUAUGUUGAGGAUAUGUACAAGUUCUACAAGGAAGCUGAGACUGAGAGCCAGGUAUCUGAUUACAUGGACUCCCAACCAGAAAUAAAUCAGAAAAUGAGGGCAAUACUAGUGGACUGGCUGAUUGAGGUUCAACACAAGUUUGAGCUAAGUCCAGAGACUCUCUAUCUCACAGUCAACAUUGUUGAUCGAUAUCUGGCCACAAAGAUGGUGGCGAGGAGGGAACUGCAGUUGUUGGGAAUCAGUGCUAUGCUUCUGGCCUCCAAAUAUGAAGAAAUUUGGGCACCUGAGGUCAAUGACUUUGUGUGCAUCUCAGACAGGGCUUAUACUAAUCAGCAAGUGUUGGCUAUGGAGAAAAAAGUGCUUGGUAGGCUGGAGUGGAGCUUGACUGUUCCUACUCCUUAUGUUUUCCUUGUUCGGUUCAUCAAAGCCUCUCUUCCUAAUGAGCCUGAUGUGAACAACAUGACUUAUUUUCUGGCUGAGUUGGGUAUGAUGAAUUAUGCAACUGUGAUGUACCUCCCAUCGAUGGUUGCAGCCUCCGCUGUUUAUGCGGCACGUCGCACUCUGAACAAGACUCCAGUUUGGAAUGACACACUUAAGUUGCACACUGGUUUUUCAGAGGCUCAGCUAAUGGAUUGUGCAAAACUACUUGUUGGUCUCCACUCAGCAGCUGCCGAAAAUAAGCUCCGAGUGAUUUACAGGAAAUACUCUAAUCCUGAAAGAGGCGCUGUUGCGUUUCUUCCCCCGGCCAAGUCUCUCUUGCCUGCAGCAAACAAUUAAUUUAGUGACUGUGUUCCCUUUCAAUUUUUUAAAUAUUUUAUCGUCAAUAAUAAUUGAUGAGAAUUAUUUGUUGGAUGAAAUUCAUAUUAUACAAUGAAGUUUCUGGUUUGAUCAUGA